UUCCUGGGGGGUUUUCUUCCAUUUCUGGGGUUCUUCUUCGUUCUUGGGGGUGUUCUGCCCCAUUUCUGAGGGUUCUCCUUUAUUCCCGGGGGGUUCUCUUCCAUUUCUGGGGUUCCUCUCCAUUCCUGGGUGUCCCCUUCAUUUCUGGGGGGUUCUUCUCCAUUCCCGGGGAGGUUCUUCUCCAUUCCUGGGGGGGUCCCCUCCAUUCCUGGGGGGUUCUCUUCCAUUUCUGAGAUUCUCCUCCAUUCCUGGGGGUGUUCUCCUCCAUUUCUUGGGGUCCUCCUUCAUUCCUGGGGGGUUCCCUUCAUUCCUGGGGGGGUUCUCUUCCAUUUCUGGGGUUCUCCUCCAUUCCUGGUGGGUUCCCCCCCAUUCCUGAGGGGGUUCCCUUCAUUCCUGGGGGGGGUUCCCUCCAUUCCUGGGGGAAUCCCCUCCAUUCCUGAUGCGCUGGUGGAGAUCACGGAUGGAGAUGAUGGAUGAGGCCCACAGGCUCUCCUCCAUCCCACCCGUGGCGACACCAAUCCCCGACCCCGAAACUCCUCUUCGUGUCGGGCUGUGGGUCCUCCCACCCCUCGCGCUGAACCUCGAGGUCCACCGAACCCUCGGUGAUGGUUUUUUGGUGGAGCUGAGGGACGGUGAUGGGACCUUCUUGGCUUUCCAAAGUCCCAGUGCCACCGCUUGAGGUGUGGGAACGAGCGAUGGACCCCUGGGAGGCCUCCGGGCCGGAGCAGACGGUGAUUUUUGAGGGCGAUGACGACGAAGAGGACAUCUACGACCCUUCAGGGAUGCAGACUGCCCCGGUGACCCUGAAUGACGCCAAGAUGGACGCGGCCUCGGCGGACAACCCUGAGAUCGUCGAGUUGGACACAAGCACUUUGAUGGAUCCCCCUGAAGAGGAUCCCUCGGGUCCACGGAGUCCGGCGCGGGAGACCUUACGUUGGACGGUGGUUCAACAAAUCGAUUCUCCCGGCAAAAUCGGAGGUCGCCGCGGCGGCAAAAGCAACUCCAGAGGCGGCGUCUUCUCCAACUUCAAGAGCAUCAUCGUCUUGCAGAAGAGUUACGAGUGCGGCGAAUGCGGCAAAUCCUUCAGCUGCAGUUCGCACUUCAGCAAACACCGCCGCACCCACACCGGCGAGAAGCCCUUCCUCUGCCUCCACUGCGGCAAAAGCUUCAACGUCAGCUCCAACCUUUACCGCCACCAACGCGCUCACGCCGCCCAACGAGCGGCUCCGGCCGCUCCGCCCCCUCGGCCUCGCGGUUUGCCGUAUAAAUGCCAGGAGUGCGGGAAAAGCUUUCGCCGGAACAAAGAGUUGGUGACGCACCAACGCUUACACACGGGGCGGUUACCCUUCCAGUGCGGUCACUGCGGCAAAAGCUUCAGUUGGAGUUCUCAUUUCGAUCGUCACCAACGCGUUCACACCGGUGAGAAACCGUAUCAAUGUCCGGAAUGCGGGAAGUGUUUCAGCCGCAGUUCCCACCUCUACCGGCACCAACGCACUCACGCCGGCGGCCGCUCCUACAUCUGCACCUACUGCGGGCGCAGUUUCGGCAGCACUCUCCAUUUCGAUCGCCACCAACGUACCCACACGGGGCAACGGCCCUAUAAGUGCACUUUGUGCCGUAAAAGCUUCGGCGAUGCGCCGGCGUUGGUCAAACAUCAACGGCUUCACUUAGGAGAUGGUCCUUUUCGCUGCGAAGAAUGCGGUAAAGCCUUCGGCGCUCGCGCUCAGUACAUCCGUCACCGACGGAGCCUUCACGGUGGUGGGGAGAAACCGUACCGGUGCGGAGAUUGCGGUAAGAGCUUCUCUUGGAGCUCUCAUUGGGAACGACAUCAACGCAUCCACACCGGAGAACGCCCUUAUCAAUGCGGGGACUGCGGCAAACGCUUUGGCCGGACCUCCCAUCUCUACCGGCAUCAACGGACCCACGCCGGCGGGCAACCCCACGUCUGCGCCGAUUGCGGCAAGAGCUUCAACAGCACUCUCCACUUCCAUAAGCACCAACGAGCUCACGCCGGGCCGCGACACGCUUGUCCCGACUGCGGGAAGGCCUUUGCCGAUAGUUCGGCGUUGGCCAAACACCGGCGGGUUCACAGCGGCGAGAAGCCGUUCCCUUGCCCGCAGUGCGGUCGGCGUUUCGGUGUUAGAUCUCAUCUCCAUCGUCAUCUCCGUAGCCACGGCGAGGAGAAAGCGCCGGAGGAGCCGACGCCGCGUAGGACCUCCACAUCCCAAUUCUCGGAGGUCACCUGGAGUGGGAGUGGGGUCCAAAACCAACCAACCCCCACCCUCCCCAUCGUCCUGAGGAACCUCAACGCUUCCACUGGUUCAUGGGUCACGGGUCUGGCGGCCUCCACCGGUUCAUGGGCCACCAUAAGUGGUGGUGACGGCCGGAGCUUCACCAGCAGCGCUCUGCAGGCGUUUGGAGGUCCCUCCGGGUUCCCGAGGAAGAGGAGGAGGAAAGGUGGCCUCAGCCCCUCUGUUUCCGGGUCAGGGCAGGAGCCGCCCCCACCGGACCCACCGCUGGUGAGGAGGAGCCGGGGGGGACCCCGGGCUGUGCCCCCCCCGCAGGGGUCGGACGUUGGUUUUGGGGUGACAUCGACCCCCCCUCCGUCACCCCAAGUUUUGGGGGGGGUCACCAUGCAGGAGAACUACGAGAACGUCAUUUCUUUGGCCGAGGAGAUCGCCAUCAGUUGGCCGCGCAUCACCGCCUUCGCCGAGUCCCACCGCAGGCGGGGGUUGGCGUCCGGCGUGGAGGUGGAAGGGGAGGAGGGCCAAGCGGAUCCUCCUCAGCUCCAGCCCUCGCCCGGCGAUGGGUCGGUGAACCCCGAGCUGCGCCGGCAGCUUGGCCGCAUCCUGCAGACGGCCGGGAGGACGCAGGUGGAGAAGAUGCUGCGGGAGCUGGUGCGGGAGCAGGGCCAGGGCGGGAGGCGCCGCAGCCGCAAGAAGAACCCCAAGGAUGGAGGUGCCGGCAGUGGGACGGAGGAAGAUUCGGCGCCACCAGACGGCGAAGAUCCGGCGCUGGAAGAUGUUGAGGAGCCCCAACGGGAGGAGCAAACGGAUGAACCUCUCGUCACGGCGAAAGCCAAGAAGGACGCGGCCUCGCCGGCGUCCCGCGGUGCCGGUUGUGCCGAAUGUGGGUUGAGGAACCGGUUGCAGAGUCCGAGCAAACAGCGCCGCUGCUCGGAGUGCGGUCGGCGUUGCCGGCAACCGUCGCGGCAAGCGGAAAAGCCGCAUCGGUGCAGCGACUGCGGCAAAGGCUUCAGCCGCGGCUCCAACCUGGCUCAGCACCGGCGCAUCCACACCGGCGAGCGGCCUCACCGCUGCGGCGACUGCGGCAAAGGCUUCAUCCAACGCUCCGAUCUGGAGCGGCACCGGCGCGUCCACACCGGCGAGCGGCCGUAUCCCUGCAGCGACUGCGGCAAACGCUUCAGCGUCAGCUCCCACCUCGACCGGCAUCGCCGAACCCACGCCGGCGGCCCUGGGCCCCCAGCCCAACCGCGCACCCGUCCUCGCCCGGCGCCGCCCGAAUCACCGGCUCCGCACCGCUGCCCCGAAUGCGGCAAAAGCUUCGCCCAACGUUCCGCUUUGGCCAAACACCGCAAGACGCACAGCGGCGAACGGCCUCACCGCUGCGGCGAUUGCGGGAAGAGCUUCAGCCGCGGCUCCAACCUCACCCAACACCGGCGCAUCCACACCGGCGAACGGCCUUUCGCUUGCGGCGAUUGCGGCAAAGGCUUUAUCCAACGUUCCGAUCUGGAACGGCACCAACGCGUCCACACCGGCGAACGGCCUUACACCUGCGCCGAAUGCGGCAAAAGCUUCAGCGUCAGCUCCCACCUGGACCGACACCAGAAGAUCCACGCGGCCGAACGGGCGUCGUACCGCUGCCCCGAACACCUCGCCGGCUUCUUGGCCGCUCACCGCCACGGGCGCCUCUUCCAAUGCGCCCAAUGCGGGCGAUGCUUCGGCCAAGGCGCCGCGUUGCUCAAGCACCAACGCUCUCACGGCACCGGCGCAGCGGCGGCGCAGCCUCCCAAGUGCCCCGAUUGCGGCAAGAACCGCGGCGCGACGGCGUUACGGCCGCGAGGGCAACAAUGUAUGGAUUGCGGGAGGGAAUCGGAGAGCGCCGACGGGGAAACGGCGCCGGCGGCGCUGCCGGAAAAACCCUAUAAGUGUGGGGAGUGCGGGAAGGGCUUCGGGCAACGCUCGGCGCUGGUGAAGCACCGGCGGAUCCACACCGGCGAGAAGCCCUACGCCUGCGGGGAUUGCGGCAAAGGCUUCAUCCAGAAGUCGGAUCUCACCAUCCACCGGCGGAUGCACACCGGCGAGAAGCCGUACCGCUGCGGCGAGUGCGGCAAAUGCUUCAGCGUCUCCUCCAACCUCAUCACCCACCAACGCACCCACCUUGGCGAGAAGCCCUACCAGUGCCCCGAGUGCGGCAAGAGCUUCAUCCAACGCUCCGAGCUCACCAUCCACCACCGCGUCCACACCGGCGAGAAGCCCUACAAGUGCGCCGAGUGCGGCAAAUGCUUCAGCCGCAGCUCCCACCUCAACCGCCACCAACGCACCCACGGCGCCGACAAGGCUAAAGGCGGCGCCGUCAGCCCCCUGACGCCUUCCUUUGCCGGCGUUGCCGCCGCCGCUGCCGCCACGUUCUCGGCGCCGGGCGCCGUCCCCUCGCUGGCCGCCUUCCCGGCCUCGCCCGCGCCGCUGCCCGCGCCGGCCCUCGACCUGCCCUGGGCCCUCUCCUUCCCCGCCCGCGCCUUCCCCCACCCCGGCUUCCCCGCCGCGCCCGCCCCGCCGGCCCAGGCCCCCUCGCUCAUCAACUGAGCCGCCAAUCUAAUUAGCGAUCUCUCUAAUUAGGGGACGAGGCAGCUCCUCUGGCCUCGACUGCGGCCUCAGCCUCGUCCCGACCUCUCCAUCCAUCACCCAACUUGGGAUGCCCUCCCAGAUCCAAGUUGGGCAUCGUUCCUCCCUGGGGCCAUUCAGUCUUGGUGGCUAAUUAGUGGUUAAGCUAAUUAGGGGGAUGAUCUCUCUAAUUAGGAGAUGAGGCAGCUCCUCCGGCCUCGACUGCGGCCUCAGCCUCAUCCCGACCUCUCCAUCCAUCACCCAACUUGGGAUGCCCUCCCAGAUCCAAGUUGGGCAUCGUUCCUCCCUGGGGCCAUUCAGUCUUGGUGGGUAAUUAGUGGUUAAACUAAUUAGGGAGAUGAUCUCUCUAAUUAGGGGAUGAGGCAGCUCCUCCGGCCUCGACUGCGGCCUCAGCCUCUUCCCGACCCCUCCAUCCAUCACCCAACGUGGGUUGCCCUCAAAGAUCCAAGAUUGGGCAUCGUUAUCACCCAGAGCCAUUUGGACGUGGUGGCUAAUUAGUGAUUGAGCUAAUUAGGGAUUGAGCUAAUUAGGGAUGAGGAAGCUCCUGCAGCCCUGACUGCAGCCUCAGCCUCUUCCCAACCUCUCCAUCCAUCACCCAACGUGGGAUGCCCUCCCAGAUCCAAGGUUGGGGCCCUUGCUCCUGCCUGGGGCCAUUCAGUCUUGGGGGGUAAUUAGUGAUUAAGCUAAUUAGGGAGAUGAUCUCCCUAAUUAGGAGAUGAGGCAGCUCCUCCAACCUCGACUGUGGCCCCAACUCCGGCCUCUUCCCGACCUCUCCAUCCGUUCCCCCAACUUGAGUUGCCCUCAAAGACCCUGUUGAGGACUUGUUCCCAUCCGGAGCCAUUCGGUCGUAAUGGCUAAUUAGUGAUUUCCUUAACGAGGGGGAUGAUCUCUCUAAUUAGGAGACGAGGCAGCUCCUCCCACCUCGACUGCAGCUCCACUUCACCCAACACCCAACUUGGGAUGCCCUCGAAGACCCACGACUGGGGAUUGUUCCUGCCUGGGGCCAUUUGGUCUUGGUGGCUAAUUAGCGAUCUCUCUAAUUAGCGAUUGAUCUAAUUAGGCCACAAGGCAGCUCCUCCAACAGUUGAGUACAGCCCAAGCUUCAGCCUCUUCCCAACCUCCCCAUCCAUCCACCAACUUGAGUUGCCCUCAAAGCCUCAUGGUUGGUGAUUGUUCCUUCCUGGACUCGUUAAGCCUUCGUGGCUAAUUAAGGACCUAAUUAGAGGACUGGGGACCACCCCCUUGGACAUUUUUAACCCAUCCCCAGCGGGAAGAUGGAUUCCACCAUCUUCGUGGUCCACGCGCUGCCGCCCACCCUGAUUUUGGGGUGGAAAGAAGCCGAUAAAUCAAUUACCCACUUAAUUAAGAUGAUUUUUAACGAGGUUUUUUCCCCCGCAGUGGGUUUUAACGCAUUGCCGAGCGCCACCCAGAAUUCAUCGGACUCCUCCCAGGUGGGACCUGGGAAAAAGUGAAGCGAAAAGAGGGGAUUUGGGGGGAGGUUCCCCCGUUUUUCCCCACUUUUUAGGGUGUUUGGGGGUGGGAAAUUGGUCCAAUUUGGGCAAAACUGGGUUUUUUGGAUGAUUUUUAUCGCUCUCGUGUGUCUCGUUUGGGGGUUUGGGCACUAUUUGGGCAGUACCGGAGGGAAAUCAAACUGCUUUCAGCUUUCUUUUUUUGUUUUGUUUAAAUAGAGACUUUUUUUGGGGGUUAUUUUGUUACUUUUGGUGACUUUGUACUUGGGGAGGGGGUUAAUAAAGCCAAAGCGGCGCCGGCGGACGGCCCCGCGGCCAUUUCGAGGGAAGAGUGCUGCUUUUCGGCCUCAAAAGGGUGCGAUUCGUUCAUGGCCACCUUUGGGCAGCCCUGAAAUCGGGGGAGAAAACACGGAAAACGCUAUUUGUUCGCAAAGCAAAAAGAAAGAAGGGGAAAUUGAGGCAGAAAAGGUGGAAAAUGCUAUUUGCUCGCAAAGCAAAGAGAAAGAAGGGGAAAUUGGGGCAGAAAGCAUCACAAAAAUGCUAUUUUCUCGCCUAAGAAGGAGAAAAAAGGGAAAAUUUGGGCAGAAAGCGCGGAAAAACGCUGUUUACUCGUAAAGUGAGGAAAACAAAGGGGAAAUAUGGGCAGAAAGCAUCAAAAAAUGCUAUUUACUCAUCUAAGAAGGAGAAAAAAGG